AUGAUGGGAAUAUUGUACGAAAAAAGGCCGUUGAAAAGGCCGAGACUCGGUCCUCCUGACGUUUAUCCUCAGGAACCGAAGCAAAAGGAGGAUGAGCUUUCGCUUACGAAUGUCAAGCACGGCUUUACCACUAUACCUCAGCUGGCAGACGAAUUUGGAACGGCUAGAAGUUCCAACGUCACCGCUGCCAAGGUUGGUGCAUACUUUAAUGCGAUUCUUGCCAAGAAAGAGGAGCUCGCGACGAUGCCUGACACUGGUAGGAAGAGACAGCAGAUUAAUCCUAAAGACAAUUUCUGGCCGGUGACAGCAAGGACAAAGAAUGGCAUUGAAGCAUGGUUUAAAGAUCUCUCCGGUAGCAAGCCACUGGUUGCUCUUGCAAAGAAAGCUCCAAACUUUAACAAAAAGGAAGAGAUAUUUAUGAUGCUCUGUGAAUAUCAAGUGCCAAUGCUGAGAGCAGCUUGGUUUAUCAAGCUUAGUUCAGCUUAUACAGUUGCUGUCUCAGAAGCUAAAAUAAAAAAGCGUCAGCUACCUGAUCCAACCACAGAAUGGACAGGCACUCUCAUAAAAUUCCUGAAAGAUCAGUUGUCCAAACUGCAAGAAUACUAUCAUAUGGGCAAUCAGACAGUCAAUACCAGCAACAAUAAUAGUACAACAAACAAUUCUUCCAAUAGUAAUGGAACUGCUGGGACAAAUAACAGUAGCAGUAACAACAGUAGUAAUAAUAAUAACAAUGUUAAUACUAAUAAUACGAGCAAUAGUAAUGGUUCUGCUAAUAAUCAACCACCUACACCUACUUCAAGCAGUCAGCCUGCAACAGGCAGUACGAUGAAUGAGGAACAUAAAUUAGCGCUUAAACAAUGGCACUAUUGCGUACAGUUGGCUAAAUACAUGUUUGAGGAGGGAUUGCUAGACAGACAAGAGUUGUUACAGUGGAUUUUAGAAUUACUGGAUAAGAUUAGGUCUUCUCCUUCAGAAGAUGGCAUAUUGAAGCUUCUAUUGCCACUAGCUUUGCAAUAUUUAGAAGAGUUUAUACAAUCCGAGUUACUGGCCAGGCGCUUGGCGUAUUUGUGUUGCCGUAAACUAGCACAUAUGUGCAAUAAUGCUGAAAGCAACAACAAUCCUCAAAGUCCGUCCAUUGUGAAGAAUGAAGUUAAUGGUAGCAAGGAUACUGCCGCUGCUGCCCAAGGACCAUUGAAUCCUUUCACAGUUGCUUUCAACGAUUAUUUGACUUGUGCGCAUCACAGAGAUGUAAUUUACAGUUUAUCUACUAUAAUACAGGUCAUAACGUUAGAGUGUCCCACAGCAUUGGUCUGGAAUAGCGUUGGUGAGGGAAAGGCUCCAUCGGUGUUGAAUGGAUCACCCUUGGACUAUUUACCGUGUCCUCCUGCGGCUUUACCGUGUCCACCUGCAAGUUCCGGUAAUCCUGUAAUGAAACAGCUGAGGAUUGCUCAAGAAAAUAUAAAAGCUCGAUCUCAAGCAGCGGAAGGUAGAUGGUCAUGCGAUAAAUGGCAGCAAAGCAGUGCGGGAACGACGACUACUAAAGUGCUAGCUGCACUGGACGCUCUUGACCGACACAGUUUUGAUAAAAUGGACGCUUCUAAUUCGCUUGACACGUUGUACGCAAAAAUCUUUACACCACCCCCGAAAGAUAACUCGAAUGAACGUGACACGAAGACGGAAUAUAAUCCACAACAAGAUUCAGCAGUAGUCGAAAUUUUGUGCGAGUGGGCUGUGAGCGCCGAACGAUGGGGAGAGCACAGAGCAAUGGCAGUUGCUAAACUACUUGAGAAGAGACAAAGCGAGGCUACCGGCGAAACUAACGAUAACGAUGAUAAAGAUAGUACAUGUAGUAAUGGAAAUCCACCUGUACUUCCAAUUUUUCAACCACUACUCAUGAAGUUCCUGGACGUAGAUGCUCCAGUACUAGACAACACUUCUGCACAAUCUAAAGCCCAGUUUACGAAUUUAGUUCAUCUAUUCUCAGAGUUGAUAAGGCAUGACGUUUUUUCGCAUGAUGCUUAUAUGUGCACUCUUAUUUCAAGAGGUGAUCUUAUACAAGGCCCAAUAGCUAGCAAACCCGGAACACCCAGCAACAGAGAACCGAUUGAUGAAGAUAGUCUCUUCCCGGGUAUAGACUUAAAACCGACUAAAUUGGAAGUACCAGAUCAUGGACGUACUAUGGAUUAUGAUGAUAGUAAAAUCGAUGAUGAUUUAGAUAAGUUAUUACAGCAUAUUAAAGAAGAUCAACAAAAUAGCAUGGAUGCACCAGAUAGUCCGAAAGAGGAUGCAUUAACUGGUCAUGGAGGUCACGAAAGUCUUGAUUCGAAAAUGCCGUCGAGUCAUAGUAGACAUUUAUUAUAUACCACCCAUUUCCCGUUGCCACAAGAUGAGACGUGUAGCCAGCACGAUUGCAAUCAACGACAUGUAUUACUAUAUGGCGUUGGACGUGUCAGAGAUGAGGCUAGACAUGUAGUUAAAAAGAUGACAAAAGAGGUGUGUAAAUUAUUUGGCAAGAAAUUCAGCAUUGAUGUUGCGGAGGGAGGGAAAGUGAAGAAGCAUUCUCGCAGUGAAUUUAAUUUUGAAGCUGUCACUAUGAAGUUUCAAAAUCUAAGUUACUUUGAUCAACAUGUUGUGACUUGGCAGUGCGCAACACAAGUCAUAGAAAUGCUCAACACAUUUGCGUUAGCUGGCUCAUCUUAUUUACCAGUUCACGAACAUGUCGCUUUUCUUUUUGAUUUGAUGGAGCUGGCAUUAAACAUAUACGGCCUAAUUGACGUUUGUAUACAAAUUCUGAAAGAGCUGCCAGAAGUAGAGGCACAGUUGACAGUUCGAAACAGUCAAUUAAUUCGAAGUUAUACUACAAACCUGAGUUUGUAUGUGGUCGGUGUAUUGAGAAGAUAUCAUUGCUGUCUGUUAUUAUCACCUGAGCAGACAACAGCGGUCUUCGAUUUACUGUGUAAAGUAGUGAAACAUGUCUCGAAUCCGAGUGAUUGUAGCUCUGCUGAACGAUGUGUGUUAGCACAUUUGUAUGACUUAUAUUCAACAUGUUCCCUUUUGAAGACAAAAUCACAUGGAGUGGAAGCCUUUAGUAACGCUUAUCCGAAAAUUAGGACCGCUCUUUAUAGCACCUUGCAACCAACGCCUUCAAAUCACAUCUAUAAUUCGCAAUUUAUGGUUGAUGUUUUUACCAGUCCACGAAGAGGCGGAAAAAUCGAGCCUCAAUGGGCCAGACAGUUAAACGAAACACCUGCCAAUCGUUAUAGUUUCGUUUGCAACGCGAUCGUUGCGGUUUGCAGCGAAACGGAUAACGAUAAACUGAACGAUAUUGCUAUAACUUGUGCGGAAUUGACUGCUUGUUGCAAUGCUCUCAAUGCUGAGUGGUUGGGAGUACUUAUGGCACUCUGUUGUUCCUCCAAUAGUUCCGCUUUCUACAUCGACGUGUUAAAUCAAGUCGAUGUACAAGAUUUAAGUAUACACAAUUCCCUGGCUAUAUUUACAUCAAUUUUAAUUGCGAGGCAUUGUUUCUCUUUGGAAGAUUUUGUGGUACACAUAGCGCUACCAUCCCUAGUGAAAACUUGUAACGAUGGACGCGGGGACAUUGAUAUCGAAGCCGAAGCUGGUGCGCGUUUAACGUGUCAUUUAUUACUGAGACUUUUUAAGACCGUCGAAUGUCCGCAGCCGGCUUUAUAUUCGGUUAGCACGAGUCCUCAUCCUCUUCCAAGUGGAAAUUCAAGAGGUUACAGUAUAAAAUUGAGCUGUGAUAGGCACUUAUUAGCAGCUGCCCACAAUAAUAUAAAAGUAGGACCAGUACUGGCGGUGCUCAAGGCCAUAUUAGUCGUAGGGGAUGCCGCAGCUGCUAAGCAGCCUCCGAAGAAAGUCGAUAUCCCACUGAGCCAUUCUAGCAAGGGAGGUGGUCCGGCCAGUGUCGGAGUCGGAGUUGGCGUGAGCAGCAGCGGGCCCGGCGAAUUAUCAAUCAGCCACAUUUUAGGAACUAGUGAUAUUUUAGGAGGUGGCGACGAUCUCGGUCUAGACCUGGCUAUGUCCUCAUCCAGCAGUAGCGCAGGCAUGACGACGGAAAACGUGAAGGGAUUUUCCGAUUUCGCUCAUCAUGUUCUGCGUCAGAUCUGCAGUCAAGAAUGGGUACUAGAAAGGUGUUUGCAAAACCCAGAAGAACUCUGUCAUCAAGAUAUGUUGCUAGACAACAUGCUCACGCCACGACAAGCUCAAAAGUUAUUGCACAUGAUCUGCUAUCCUGAAACGCCUACCGAAGCCUUUAUCGACCAAAAGACUCAUAUUACGAACAUUUUGGAAAACUUGGAGCAGUGGAGUCUGAGAAUGUCCUGGUUGGAUUUGCAACUUAUGUACAAGCAAUUUGCGACCGGUUCCAGCGAGCUUUCUCAAUGGUUAGACACGGUUGCGAAAGCUGCAAUUGAUGUCUUUCAAUUGAACAACACCUUGAGCAGUAAGCCCGAUAAAAGAUCUGGUUCUAUAUGGCUGGUCGCUCCGCUGGUUUCCAAGUUGCCGAGUGCGGUGCAAGGUAGAGUUCUCAAAGUGGCGGGACAGGUACUAGAAUCCGGUAAUUGGUCGAAAGCGGCGAGUCGUGAGAGAGGUAGAUCCAAAUCACCUUCGUUAUUCAAUCAUCAACCAUUUCUAUCACUGGUACUAACGUGUCUGAAGGGCCAGGAUGAUCAAAGGGAGGGCUUACUGACAUCGCUGCAUUCGCAACUCUCGCAGUUUCUAAAUACCAGCAAGGAGGAGAAACACAUCGGCUCCGAAGAUCCGAAAACCAGAGAAGUACUGCAGGACGCACUACAAUUGAGAUUUAGCCUCGUCGGGGGCGUGUUCGACACGAUACAGAGAAAUACGACCGCCACGACGGAUUGGGCGAUUCUAUUAGUUCAAUUGGUCAGCUACGGCGUUAUAGAUUUGAAUAAUAAUGCGGAACUGUUCACGACUGUUAUAGAUAUGCUUGCAACAUUAAUCCAUUCCACUUUAGUGUCGGAUUCGCAAUCUGAGAAAGACGAAAAUAAAAAGCACUACCAGAAUUUAAUGAAGAAACUGAAGAAGGAAUUAGGUGAUAGAAAUUCUCCGAGCAUUCGAUUUGUCAGGCAACUUUUACCGUUACCAAAAUUGACCAUGGAAGUCAUCACAUGCGAGCCAGUCGGAUGUUUAACCGACACUAAAGGCAACAAAAUUGCUGGAUUUGACAGCAUCGAUAAAAAACAGGGACUGCAAGUUUGUGAUUCUCAAAGAGUGUCAGCAUGGGAGCUCUUAGAAGGUCAUAAAAAUCCUGCACCACUUUCCUGGGCUUGGUUCAGAGCAGUCAGAUUGGAGCGUAAGCCGCUUACAUAUCAGAAUGCACAUAAACUGCUGCGAUACCACACGCACAGUCAAAAUCGUUCGGCUAGUCACUAUCUGGAUCCACCGCCAUUGCCACCAGAAGAUCUGGAACCAGACAAAAAGGAAUCGGAACCUGGCAAAGCGGACACUCCAAUGAGCAUUGACUCGCCAGGACGAGUUGGCGGCAACGUUGGUAAUGCCGGAGUAAAUAAUACCGGCACUAACGGCAAGGGAAAAGCCAUGAAAACCAAGCGACAUAACAGACGGACGAAAACUGCUACGCCCACUACGCCUAUGACACAACAAAUGCAACAACCACCGUCCCAAUUGCAACAAAUGGCAUUUGGAAAUCAACAAGCUCCUGUUGCGCAGCAACCUGGAAUGUUUACCGGGCAGCCGCCACAACCUCAGCAACAAUGGUACGGCAAUCAGCAGACUCACGCACCGGCGCAACAGUACGGAUAUGGUCAACAGUUGCCGCCUGCACCAGUUACUGGACCGCGCUACGAGAGACCGGGAAUGAAUAAUCAGUCCAAGCAAGCUCUGUCUAACAUGUUGCGGCUGCGAUUACCGUCCACUCAAUUUAUGGGCUCGCAACAACAGCCGCCAAACACUACGCCAGUUGCCGGACCAGGCGCGUUUGGAAUGCAGAGGCAACAGUUCAUCAGACAGCAGCUGAGAGCGCAGCAUGGAGCACCCGGCAUAAAUCCGCAACAGGGCAUGUUUGCCGCACAGCAACAACAGCAGCAACAGCAGCAGCAACAACAACAAGGAAUGUACGCUGGAAUUCAACAAGGUAUGAAUCAAAAUUACGCAGGAUAUGGCGGACAACAAAUGAUACAGCAGCAGCAGCAACAGCAGCAGCAGCAGACACCGCAACAAACGCAACAGCAGCAGCAGCAGCAGUUGCUUCAACAACAACAGCAGCAGCAGCAACAGGGAAUUCUGAAUCAACAACAAAGUAUGAUGUUCCCUGGUCAACAGCAAAUGAUGGGUCCACAGAGGGCACAGGAAUAUAUGCCACAACAGAGAAUGCAACCUGGUGCUGCAAGACCGCCGUAUUUACAGGCACCAAAUGUAACAAUGAAUGCAAUGGGACCAAUGGGUGGAGGUGUUCAGAAUCAGCCUGCUCCUCCCUAUCGGCAAUCCGCUGGAAAACCAGGUGCAGUAGGAGUGACGGGAGUAGGAACGGCUAAUGUCAGUUUGCAACAAAAUCAGCAGUUCCAGCAGCAACAGGCGAUAAAUCAACAACGCAUGAGGCAACAAAUGUUAGCCAUGCAGCAGCAGCAACAAGCCCAGCAGCAGCAGCAGCAGCAGCAGCAAGCUCAACAACAGCAGCAGCAGCAGCAAGCUGGAGCUGGCGGUCAGCAACCAACCCCUCAACUUGUUACGCAUUUGCAGAGGCACUUAAGUCAACCACCGCAACAUUCCUACCAGCAUCAGCCACCACCUUAUUAAAAAUAGGAUGAAAAAUUCGGAACUCUAGCAUAUAUUGAUUUUACAAUACAAGUAUAAAAUAAUCGCAAAACAAAUUUAUAAAAUUCUAGAUUUCAUAUUAAAAUUUAAAUGACAUAAUAAGACAGUGGCUGCUACACAUCAAAAAAGGAAGAAAGAGUUUUUUAUCAGGUUUGCUGAAAUUUUUUACCAUAUUUUACGUACUUUGCGUCGAGACGCUACUACGUUUUUUAAUAUAAUAAAUAUAGGGAAAUUGUGAAAUUUUGAGUUGCAUUAAUUAAAACGUCACGAUUACUUUUACUAAUUGGUCGUUUUUAGUAAUUAUAAUUAUGGUAUUUUGACUACAUAAAUUAUUUUUAUUUGAUCACGCAUACGAAGAAUACUUUAUACAAUAAAGAUGUUUUGUCAGACGUCAGAAAUCAUGUUUUAAUGAUUUUGUUGACUCCGAUACGCUUCUGUAAUCAAGUGUGUAAGAAAUUGUAAACUGCAUACAUUCUUUUUUUUUUUUUAUAUAUAUAAAUUCUUCUGAAGUAUUAUUAUUUGUUAUUAUAGUCUCGAAAAUAU